UUGUCAGGAGAUGCAGUGAGGGCACGUGUCCAAUCCUUCAUGGUGCGACCUCCUCCAUAAUCUCCUUCUGAAUUUGAUCUAUAAAAGCGCAGAAUGUAGAAUACUCUGCGUCCGAGACGAAUUUACUUUAAACGAGAAGUCUUUCAUCUUCCACCAUGGGCUCGUCACACGGCGCGGGACUUUGUUUGAUACUUGUACUAGUUUUUAUGUGCGAGGCAACUGAAGAUGGUCUUCGGCGAGAGAUGAAACCUGAAGACCAACAGCCUCACCUCCAAAGGCCAAUGAUUUACGAUAAAGAUGGUCUUCAGCGAGAGGCAACACCUGAAGAAAUGGAGUUUAUGUUACAGAGACCAAUCAUCCCUGACUUUUCAGCCUCUUCAGAGACAGGUAUAAUACAGCCAGAGAACACAAACGUUCACCCCGAGGACAUCCCAAGAGUUCCCCCACGGUUUUUCCUUCGCUCCAUUGGACACUUCACGGGGCCAGAUAUUCAUUUCCCACCAGCCUUUCCCAGUAUCAGCAAUCUUGAAGAUAUCUGUCAGUUUAGUAAAGCUUCGGUCCGAUACCCUAAGCACAUGUUUCGCCCAGGAGUUUUUCAAUCAGAGCAACGGCAGGCUGAUGCUGUGAAUCGACUCCAGGGCUGGUACGGCGUGUGCUGUGGAAUUGGUGGAUCAAAAGCAGAGAAGAUCUGUUGUGCUGAACAAGCGUGGAGAAAGACCCUUUCUGACUUCUGCUUUGAAGAAGUCACUAUAAAGAAUGUUCCAGAUGUCUGCUGUCAGAAGAAGGGGAAGGCCAAAUGGAAAUGUUUUGAUAAGGAGGCUUCAGCUACUUCAUAUGACAUUCCCAUCCUUGACUCGAAUGUCGACAUUCCACGCAAACUCCAAGGCUUCAAAUAUAAUCCCAAGUAUUGCAAAGGCUAGGCUUCUUUCGGAGCACAUAAAGAGUGUCUUUGGUUAAAAAUGGAAAAAAAUUAAAUCUUUCAAUUGAUCUUACUCAGUCAACAUGUUAGGCUAUAUUCUCACAUAAUGUUCUUUACAUUAUGUAGGAUGAUUUUAUGUAGAAAACAGUGAAUCUAAAAAAUAAAUACUUAGCUGGGUUUUCACAGGCAAGGUUACGUGUACAUACACUUUAAGUUAAUUAAUUAGAUGAUAAUCAUUUUUUUCUUUACAUCAAGUUAUCAGCAGUACAUUAACAGAUGUUUAGAAUACUGUCAUUUGUUUUAUUGCAUUUAUUUGUUUAAGUCAUCAUUUCAUUGAUGUCCCCUCAUAGAGACGUAAACUACAAGAAGUUUACUUUUAUGCACUUAAAUAUUCUGUUGUUUUCUCUAAUGCCAUGAAGAACUGUUUAAUAAUUAUAUCCACAUAAUCACACAUAGGGUGGGACACUGCUUAAUGUGGGACACAUAAAGUCUAACAUGACCUCUCAAAUGUCCAAGCACAUUUUUUUCAAUAAAGAAUUGAAUACAUUAAUUCUCAUUGUUAUAUUUACAUCAUGAUAGAUGAUCAUAUCAAAAUAUGACUAGACCAAAUGGUUAAUGUUCAUUAUUACUAUUAAACUACUCUUC